AUGCUCUUCUCUUUGGCCGCAAAGAACAGGAUUGAAUUGCCAUCAGAUGACCCAGCCUUUGCUUCACUUGACUCUCUCUGUCUUCAAUAUCAGAACUUUACGUCACUCGACGAUUUUUUACGCUACUAUCUCAUCGGGUUUGAGGUUCUACUUACCGCGUCUGAUUUUGAGUUCUUGACUUACGAGCAUGUUAAGAAUGCCUACGCCCAGACCGUCCGCCACACCGAGGUCUUCUUUGAUCCGCAGGCUCAUAUUGCUCUAGGGGUAUCAUAUCAAACAUUGCUUAGCGUCUCCGAGAUGCUCAGCCACGGCCACUUUGAGGAUGGCAUAUUGAUCGGAUUCGGCAUGUCGAGCACGGAAGUUGGGAGAUACCCCUCGUUGUACUCAUCAGUGUACGCAACUCUGCGUGAAGCUGAUGUCGAGAAUCUCACAGCCCAUUAUGGUGAAGAGGGUCCUCCAGAAUAUGUCGCGGCGGCGAUGUCGGACCUCGGCGUGAAGCGGAUAGACCACGGGCGUCGAGCCAUCGAGGAUCAAUCGCUAUUCCGACGGCUUGUUGAUGCCAAGAUCAUGCUAACAGUCUGUCCGAUAUCAAAUGUCAUGCUUAAAGGGGUUCAGGAUAUCAUGAAUCUCCCCAUUCGGCAUUUUCUGGAUUUAGGCGUUAGAUUCAGCAUUAACAGUGAUGAUCCCGCCUAUUUUGGCGGCAGUCUUCUCGACAACUACUGUGCAAUUCAGGAGGCAUUUGACCUUUCAAUGGCAGACUGGAAAGACAUUGCAAGGAAUUCCGUCGAGGGUAGUUGGUGUUCAGAAGGCCGGAAGAUGGAUCUUAAGAAUAUGAUUGACAGGGCAUUUGCUGACGUUAUAAUACCUAAUAAUUGA